CCUACUCAUAGCUAGAACGCGCGAUUGCCCGCAGAUUCGCGGAUCGAAACAAAGAACGCUGAACCCGGCUAAUUUCCACGCAUGCGCAGUAUGACACACAAUGAAUAUCUUACCCAAGAAAAGGUGGCAUGUUAGAAAUAAGGAUAACGUCGCCAGAGUGCGAAGAGACGAAGCGAAAGCGAAGGAAGAGGAAGAAGAAAGAGAGAAGAGACAUCUCUUUGCUGAGCAGGAAGCUAGAACGAACAUCUUGAGGCAUCGUGCGAGAGUACAGCAUGUAGAAAAAGAUGUGGAGUUGGAGGAUUAUACUGGUCAUAUCAACUUCUUUCAGGAUAUUGAAGAAGGGAAAGUUGACAUAAAAGUGAAUGCUGAACACGAAGCAGAAAAGAAAGCCGACCAGGAAAAGCAAGAGAAACGCAUUGGCCUAUUAACCUACCUCGGACAGAGUGUAUUAGAAAACAAAGACAAACCGUGGCACAAUAUGUCGAAGACCGAGAGGGAACGUGUGGAUGAAAUACGAGCUUUGCGUUCAGAGCCAUUGAAGAAUUUAUUGGAUCCGCUCGGUCAGAUGAGAAAACAAGUCGCCGAGACGAAGAAAUUCCAAGAACAAGCAGAAGUCGGUAUCGCAUUGGUGAGUCAACAGAAAGCAGCAGCAAGAGACCACAUCACCACCACCAAUGUAUCAUUUCCGAUGGUUGCAGAGGCAAUUAGAAGAGACAGAAAACGCAAACAUAAACACAACUCGAAGAAAGACAAGAAAAAGAGAGACAAGAAACACAAACACAAGAGACACAGCAGCCGAUCAGAACAUGAACACAAAGACAAUCUUGAGUCACCGACUAGCGGUGCUGAUGCUUCCGACGACGACGACACACUCGUGAAGAGGAGAAAACUGGAAAUCAUGAGACAACAGCGACUGAAGAGGGAAAGGGAUGAGCGUGAACGAGCACAGAAACUCAUCGCAGAAAGAGAAGGAAACGCAUCAGUUCAUGAGACAAAUAAGGCUGCACAUAGUGGUCAACGAUAUAACAGCCAGUUUCAUCCCGAAUUAGCAAGGCAGACUAGAAACAUGCAAAGCCGAUCGUCGUAUUAAUUUUAAUUAAUUAAUUAUGGUAAUUAAUUAAUUAUUGUUUUGUA